AUGUCUGCCCCGCCCGAACCACUGCCGCAGGUAGUGGUGGCGGAUAUCGAAAAAUUGCAGGCCGCCCCCAGCGACAGAUCGGCAUCUGGGGACGAUGAAGCCAAGGCCCCCGAUAACGCCCUGCAGCCAUCCAGUCCCAGACCAAAAUGGUAUCGGAGGCUGAAUCCCUUGCGAUGGCAGACGCCACCACCUGUUCCUGACGAGCGGACCGCGUCCAGGGAGUACGGGGCUUCAUUCUUCAGCAUCGUUUCUUUCCAAUGGAUGUCCCCCUUGAUGCGAGUCGGAUAUCUGCGCCCGCUCGAGCUGCAGGAUGUUUGGACCGUCAAUCCGGAGCGAACAGUCGACGUCCUCGCCGAGCGAUUAGACGUCGCGCUGGAAAAUCGCACAGCGAGCGGAAGUAAACGCGCCCUUGUUAUGGCCUUAUAUGACACAUUCCGCUUUGAAUUCCUGCUCGGCGGGACUUGUCAGCUAUUUAGCUCGCUGCUACUCGUGUUUGCGCCCUAUUUAACGCGAUACUUGAUCGCUUUUGCGACGGAUGCGUAUAUCGCUGAGCAGAAGGGUCUGCCUGCGCCGCAUAUCGGUCGCGGGAUGGGGUUUGUCGUCGGCAUUACACUGAAUGCAGGCACUGCAGAGUCUGUGCACGAAUCAGUUCCUAUCUUUAAUAAGGCGAUGAAGUUGUCCGGUCGGGCGAAGGCUGGCGGGAAAGCGACGGAGGAGGAAGUGAGGGAAUUGCAAUCGACGAAGGAGGCGCUGAUGAAGGGGGAGAAGAAGGGUGAUGAGAAGGCCGAAGAGACGGGUCAGAAAGGACAGCCAAGUCAGAAUCCCAGUUCAGCGGUGGCUGGUGAUGGACGAGGGUGGAAUAAUGGUCGUAUCGUCGCGCUGAUGAGUAUUGACGUCGACCGCAUCAAUCUGGCAUGUGGUAUGUUCCAUAUGAUUUGGACAGCCCCGAUCUCCAUCAUCGUCACGCUGGUUCUCUUGCUGGUGAAUAUCGGCUACAGUUGUCUGUCCGGUUACGCGUUGCUCGUCUUCGGCGUCCCCUUUCUCACAUACGCCGUCCGCUUUCUUGUGAAACGUCGCCGAAACAUCAACAAGAUCACCGACCAGCGAGUUUCCCUCACGCAAGAAAUCCUCCAGGCCGUGCGAUUCGUCAAGUUCUUCGGUUGGGAAAGCAGCUUCCUCAAUCGACUCAAGGAUAUUCGCAAAAAGGAGAUUCGUUCCAUUCAGACACUGCUUGCUGUGCGCAAUGGAAUUCUCUGCGUCUCCAUGUCUAUCCCCGUCUUCGCUUCCAUGCUGGCUUUCAUCACCUAUGCCCUCACCAAUCACGAUCUGCAGGCCGCUGAGAUUUUCUCCUCGCUUGCGCUGUUCAACUCCCUCCGGAUGCCGCUGAACAUGCUGCCUCUGGUCAUCGGUCAGGUUACCGAUGCCUGGACUGCGCUGAACCGGAUUCAAGAGUUUCUUUGUGCGGAGGAACAGAGAGAGGACAUUGAAAAGAAUGAGGAGAUGGAUCGUGCUAUUGAAAUUAAUCAAGCUUCGUUCACUUGGGAACGUCUGCCUUCCGAAGAAGGUGAAGAUGCGGGCAAGUCUAAGAAGUCUCCCGAUGCUAAAGCCGUGGCACUUCUCAAGGAAGAGGAGAAGGCGGAGAACUCCACACCCUCGGAACCUUUCAAGCUCAAGAAUAUGACCCUCGAGGUCGGACGAAACGAACUAAUUGCCGUAAUUGGAACCGUGGGCUGUGGCAAAAGCUCGCUGCUUUCUGCCUUGGCAGGUGACAUGCGUGUCACAGAGGGCACAGUACGGAUGAGCACAACACGAUCAUUCUGUCCUCAAUACGCCUGGAUCCAAAACACUUCUGUCCGAAACAAUGUUCUCUUCGGAAAGGACUAUGACGAAACUUGGUAUAACCAGGUCAUUGACGCAUGCGCUUUGUCACCCGAUCUUGAGAUUCUUCCUAACGGCGACCAAACGGAAAUCGGCGAACGAGGCAUUACAGUCUCUGGAGGACAGAAGCAGCGUCUUAACAUCGCACGUGCUAUCUACUUCAAUGCCGAGCUGGUUUUGAUGGAUGACCCUUUAUCCGCAGUCGAUGCUCAUGUCGGUCGCCAUAUCAUGGAUAAAGCCAUCUGUGGUCUCCUAAAAGAUCGUUGCAGAAUUCUCGCUACGCAUCAGCUGCAUGUUUUGAAUCGCUGCGAUCGUAUCGUUGUCAUGGACGACGGCCGUAUCGAUGCAGUUGAUACCUUUGACAACCUGAUGCGCGAUAACGAGCUGUUUAAACGUCUCAUGUCGACAUCGCGCCAGGAAGACUCAAAGGAGGAAGAAGAAGACGGGGAAAAGGCGGUGGUUGAAGAGACCGAGAAGCCCAAGGAGACCGAAACAAGCCCAAAGAAGGCAUCUGCCAAGCCCGCAGCUGCUCUGAUGCAACAAGAAGAAAAGGCCACCGCUUCGGUCGGAUGGAGCGUUUGGAAAGCCUACGUCCGUGCCUCUGGCAGCUAUUUCAACGCCCUCGCUGUCUUCAUUCUACUGGGUCUUGCAAACGUCGCCAACAUUUGGACGAGCCUGUGGCUCUCUUACUGGACCUCGGAUAAAUACCCCAGUUUGUCGAUGGGUCAGUAUAUCGGAAUAUACGCCGCACUCGGCGCCAGUGUGGUCAUUUGCAUGUUUGUAUUCUCGACAUACAUGACGACCUGUGGAACAAAUGCAAGCCGGACAAUGUUGCAGCGAGCCAUGACCCGCGUUCUGCGAGCCCCAAUGUCCUUUUUCGACACCACCCCUCUCGGGCGAAUCACCAAUCGUUUCUCCAAGGACAUUCAGGUCAUGGACAAUGAACUAUCCGAUGCGAUGAGAAUAUACGCCCUCACAAUGACAAUGAUCAUCUCCGUCAUGGUCCUUAUCAUCGUCUUCUUCUACUACUUCGUCAUCGCCCUCGUCCCCCUCUUCAUCCUAUUCCUCCUCGCAUCAAACUACUACCGAGCUUCAGCCCGCGAAAUGAAGCGCCACGAAGCCGUCCUCCGAUCAAUGGUCUACGCCCGCUUCAGCGAAGCCAUCACCGGAACAGCCUGUAUCCGCGCCUACGGCGUCGAAAACCAAUUCCGCACCAGCAUCCGCAGCUCGAUCGACGUGAUGAACGGCGCUUAUUUCCUAACCUUCUCGAACCAGCGUUGGCUGAGCGUCCGCUUGGACGCCGUGGCUACAGCUCUAGUGUUCGUCAUUGGCGUUUUGGUCGUUACAUCCAGAUUCAACGUCUCCCCCAGCAUCUCAGGUCUAGUGUUAUCAUACAUUCUCGCCAUCGCACAAAUGCUCCAAUUCACCGUUCGCCAGCUCGCGGAAAGCUUGAAGAAGAAGCCCCCCCUCCACCUGGCAGAGGUAUCAUCCAGCUGGCCCGAAAAGGGCCGGAUUGUCUUUGACGACGCGAAGAUGCGCUAUCGAGAAGGGUUGCCUCUUGUCCUGCAGGGUCUUUCUAUGGAUAUCCGUGGUGGCGAGCGCAUCGGUAUUGUCGGACGAACAGGCGCUGGCAAAUCGAGUAUCAUGUCUGCUUUAUUCAGAUUGACCGAGUUAUCCGGCGGCACGAUCCACAUCGACGAUAUUAAUAUUGCCACGGUCGGACUUCAUGAUCUUCGCUCCCGCCUGGCUAUCAUCCCACAAGACCCGGCUCUAUUCCGCGGCACGAUCCGCACAAACCUAGACCCCUUCAACGAACACUCCGAUCUAGAACUCUGGUCCGCCCUCCGAAAAGCCUACUUAAUCACCGACGAAACCGAAGAUUCAGAUCCUACUCUUACCCACAGUGGCCCCGGAACAGGAACAACAACCCCAACAACAGGAACGGGAGAUGUAUCCAAACCCCGCCCAACCAAUCGACUAACUCUCGAAUCCCCCGUCGACGAAGAAGGCCUCAAUUUCUCCCUGGGCCAACGCCAAUUAAUGGCCCUUGCCAGAGCUCUAGUCCGAAACGCGCGAAUCAUCGUCUGCGACGAAGCGACUUCCUCCGUUGACUUUGAAACGGAUCAGAAGAUUCAACGGACUAUGGCGCAGGGAUUCCAUGGGAGGACGUUACUUUGUAUUGCGCAUCGGUUGAGGACGAUUAUUCAUUAUGAUCGCAUUUGCGUUAUGGAUCGCGGUCAGAUUGCUGAGAUGGAUGCCCCGGCUGUUCUUUUCGAGAGGGAGGAUGGGAUUUUUAGGGCUAUGUGUGAGAGGAGUGGGAUUACGUUGGAGGAUAUUUUGGCUGAUGAGUGA